UAAAAAAUGCUGCAACCGCUUGCUUUAUAAAAGUUCGAGACACGAGACUCAUAUUUAUUGGUGCUAAAACUAGGGUGCACUUUAUACAGGGGUACAAUAAUUUCCCCUAGAUUUUACAGGUUAAGUUGGGGUGCACGUUAUACACGGGUGCGCGUUAUAUUCAGGAAAUUACGGUGUAUCUUAUUUUGUGAUCUUGAAAUUGUUUAUAUUUAGAUGUAACGUAAAAGUGAAUCACAAUUGUGAAUAUAAUGUGAAUGUAAAUCUAUUCAUCUCAAGUGCUGUAAGGAGAGAAGUGGGUCUGAAUAACUUAUUUUUUUUCCUCCAGGAAACACAUUCACUUAUGUGUGACACAUUCCAAAUAUUAAUUUGGCUUAUCACUGAUGCUAUCUAAUGAGGUUUUGGCUUGUCAGGUGGAACAGUAGACAUGUUGAUGGGACUAAUAUUUGUCAGCAUGGUUCAAUGGCAGUUGCAAAGUCCCAUCUUGCCAGACCCCUCACUUGUCACUGUUCUUUUGCUUUGCUUCCUCCCAAAACAACAAAAUGACACAGCGGCAAGGUUUCCAAAACAACAUGACAACAAUAUACCGUUAAGAAUGACUAUUGGUGUACAUUGUUCCCAAUUGCAACUGUGCUCUUGAGAUUUUGUUCUCAUGGGAAUUCUUGUCCGUGAUUUAUUAUUACGACAACUCUAUGCUUGGUUUCAAGGUUUCCUGCAUGCAUAGUGACCUUAGCUGCUGUUUUCCUAUUAAUAAUGCAACCGAGACAUGAGAAUAGAGGACAGGACUGAACAAUAUUCAACACUGUACCAUGAGGUGUAGGUGUAACAAUACUGUAUAUUUUUUUUCUGACAAGAAAAAAAAAAUCCAAAUUUUUCAAGUGGAGAGAAAUGUAAGUAAAAGUCAAUAUUUCCCAAGUAGGCGAAGAAGCUGUUGUCAGAUAUUUUUAAAUGCCAGUACCAUUUUAGCCGAUCAAAUGCGAGUAGCUCAGAUUGCCCCUCCUACUCUUCAUGCAUUGGCUAACUGCUCUCUGGCAGAGAAAGGAGAAACGGAGUAUACAGUUUAUUUAGUUAUUUUUGUCUGUGGGCUGAUGAAUUAACUGCAGACUUAUUGGUGCCUGUGUUGCUUGUAGGUUAUGAGUUAGCCAGCAGUGUUGUUAAUAACGACAUUAGAGUAUAACGGCAUAUCUAAGGGAGUUUUUUUUUUCAGUAGUGAGUAAUCUAAUUAAUUAUUUUUCCCAUUUUUGCAACGCCCUUACCCUUACUGAGGAUGUGAAGGGGCACUUUACUAGGGAGGGAAGGGGGUGGAAACGCCGUUGCAAACGUGAUGAUUGGCUAGGUCCAAUGUUCCCUCUAAUUUUUCAUGUGUCUGAGCAGACACACAAGCUCCCUGAUUACAUUGCGGAUAACGGUGAGCAACAUCAGAUGUCUAUACGGUGGCCACGCAGCAGUAUCAAACCUGUUCAAAGCCAUAGCAAGUUACAAGGCUUAUUAAAAGAAUGAAAUUACAGCAGCAAUUUUCAUUUGUUUACUUUUGAUAUAAAAGAGUUGGCCCACUUAAAAUGAAAAAGACCAAAAUCUCGUUCAUGAGAUGUGUACUAUGUUAUAUUUGAGAGUCCUGCUUUAACCGUAAGAAGAGUCCUGCUUUGGCAUGGGUAAGGUCCAGAUGUGGCAUGGUUGAGUUAAUAAAUAAAACAUAAUGGACAACCACAAUGGGAGUACAGUACCGUACAGUACAGUACAGUACAGUACAGUACAUUACAGUACAGUACAGUACAUAUAAACAUCCCACAUUUAUAUAUAUAUAUUAGAUUAGUCGACUAAUCGUAAAAAUAGUCGCCUGACUAAUUGGGAGGAAAUUAGUCGUUUGGGACAGCCCUAACUGUAACUAACGACUUUUUACGCCUUCAGCCUUUGGCGUGCUGGAGCACACUUGUGCUUGUCUUAGGUACUUUUCAAGCGUGGCGUGACUGAUGUCACAUUUGUCCCAAUGGCUGUGCUUGUGCUAUUAUUUUUUUAGAGGGCUAAACAUUUUUUCUCCUUCAUCAGAGGUCUUAGAAUGCUUAAUUUAUAUUCUUAAAUACUUUGUGCAACAGGAAAGUCCUUCAUACUUUGCAUUGUCUAUUGCUUUAAAUUAGUUGUUGUGCCUUUCGUUCUGUGCAUCAUAAGUUUUGUUUUGCUCAUAAUGACUGGCUUAUGAGAAAAAAACAAAAUGUAAUGGAUUCGGACCGAAAUUUGCAUAGUGCAAACAUCAGAAAGCUGCUUUUUCAUAUGUAUUCAAACGAUGGAAGUAAUAAAAGUUAGCCUGACAUUCUUGUCGUAAACGUCGUUCCUGUUUGGUUUUUUUUUUUUGGUUGUUUUUUUGGUUGAUUCUCUCCUCGCUCACUCAGAAAUACUGAAAAAGAAAAGACAUUGCAUCAUCAAUUUGUGAAAAUAUGUGGGCAUGCAAAAGCGCUGUCGCUGAUCUUUUGUCAUUUGAAUUGUUGCACUAGUUAUACAUGUUGCCAUAACAUCCUGUUGAUCUGUUCAUAAACCAGGGGAUUUAUACUACACCAAAGAAGACACACUACCAUGAUCUGUGUCAUAACCAGUGUUGUUAAUUUUACUUUAAAAAAGUAAUUAAUUACAGUUACAAAUUACUUCUCCCAAAAAGUAAUUGCGUUAGUAACUCAGUUACCUGAAUGUAAGAGUAAUUAGUUACUUGGCAAAGUAACUAGUGAUAUUUUUUUUUUCCUCAAAAACAAACAAACAAAAAAAAAAAAAACACAGGUCACACAAUGUGAAGCUUAAAGUGUUUGGGGGACAAUUGGCCCUAGCCCAAUUCUUUACCCUCCACUUAACUAGACACAAGGGUAUGGCGAUAACUAGCUAGUAACCUUUGCUAUGUGUGAAAGUCAUUUAAAGUUGUGAAUCAAUCGUUAAAGUUGUUAAAAUUUCUCCCGUUAUUGCAUUAGUUGCCUUCUGUCUACUUUAAACAUGUGUAAGUUUUAAAACUGUUUCAUCAUUUAAAGAUAGAUUUAAGUUAAGAUUUUGCCGAUUUAGGAGCAUUUUAGAUUUUAAAUAAUUACUUAGGUUCGCUAGGAAGGAUCUCUACAUCAGGGCCUUCCUGAGAGGUCUACUGCUUUAAGAUGGCGGCUGUUUACAAACGCAUGUAGUCCUUAAAACAUGUUGGCAGUGCAGCAGUGUCUGUCAUAUGCAUCUAGUUCUAUAAUAUGAUAUCUACCGUGUCAUGUGGGCGUAGUUUGUCGGCUAUGGCUGCAGUCAGGUAUUAUUGGAGCCACCUAGCAUCGCGGUUGGAACGGCGUCUUCCCCACUCCUGCUCUGCUCUCGUCCCCACUUUUGUCGGUGGCCGUCAGGAAGGACACCAGGAGGGCUGUGUGCCCGGCUUCCAGGUCAAACAUUACCAGGUUGCAUACAGGAGAACUUUUCAGAAAGGUCUGCCACUUCUACAAGUUGAAUUCGAUGACUGUGCCGGAAAUGAAGACGUGGCCUUUGAGGUGUCUGUAAGUGGCUUCCGCGUUGAUGGAAACCUUAAUUUAGUACCUCUGCAAGAUGUGACAUUCAGCGGGCCAGUCAUGUUCAUCCACGGGCUCAGUGCUCAUGCGGAUGACAUGGCACAGAUCGUCCUAUUUGGCCUGCAGGUGAUUUCAACAGAGAAGUCGUGGGACCAUAUUUUCCGACUGACGGGUCACGGUGCUGACCAGGAUCCCAAAGGUCUCUUUACUAUUGACAUCGACACAGGAGACGUGUCAGUCACUCGCUCACUGGACCGGGAGGUCAUCGAUUCAUACCUGCUGGAAGUGUCAACCACAGACCUUAAUGGAAACCUCGUUGAGGGACCCGUGAUCCUCGUCAUCACUGUCAUCGAUCAGAAUGACAACCGGCCCAUAUUCAGAGAGACGCGCUACACUGGAGAGGUGCUCGAGGGAUCGCCUACAGGAACCACAGUGAUGACAAUGAUGGCGUUUGAUGCAGACGACCCAGCUACAGAUAAUGCCGCUUUGCGCUACAACAUCAUCCGACAGUCUCCAGAAAAACCAUCUCCUAACAUGUUCUACAUUGACGCGGAGAGAGGCGACAUUGUUACUGUCAUUUCACCUACUUUACUUGACAGAGAGACUCUGCCAACCACAACCUAUGAACUUGAGAUUGUGGCCAAGGACAUGGCAGGAAGUGAGGUGGGCCUGACAGGAACAGCCACUGCAACCAUUACCAUCACAGACAAGAACGAUCAUGCUCCAGAGUUCACACAUCCACUGUUUGAAGCUUACGUGUACGAGGGCUCGACAGGUGUGGUCUUAAACUUAACCAUCGAUGAUAGAGAUGAUCCAGCAACAGGAGCAUGGAGAGCUGUGUACUCCAUAAUCAACGGAGAUCCCACACGAAGCUUUGAGAUCCAGACCAACCCAGACAAUAAUGAGGGAAUGCUUUCUGUUGUCAAGCCUCUAGACUAUGAAGGCACAGCGUUCCACAAGAUCUACAUUAAAGUGGAGAAUGAAGACCCCCUGAUUCCUGAUGUUGCUUAUGGCCCUACAUCAACAGCAACAGUUCAAGUCAAAGUUUUAGACAUUAAUGAGGGGCCGGUCUUUUUCCCUGACCCCCUGAUUGUCACCAGGAUGGAAAACAUUCCAGUGGAAAGCUUUGUCGCCUCUCUUAAUGCCACAGACCCAGAUACAUUACAGCUUCAGAGUGUAAGGUAUGCCAUUCUGCGAGAUCCAGCAGGUUGGCUGACUGUGAACCAACUGCGAGGAACUGUCAACACAUUGGCCUCUCUGGACCGUGAAUCUCCUUAUGUUUACGAUAAUAAAUAUACUGCUCUCUUCAUUGCCAUCGACAAUGGCAGUCCGCCAGCAACAGGUACCGGCACAUUGGUCAUCCACCUGGAGGAUUACAAUGAUAAUGCACCCUUUGUAGUGCCAUCAGUAGCACGGGUGUGUGAAGAUGCCCAUGAUAUGAAUGUAGCCAUCGUAGGUGGACAGGACAAGGACCUACCACCGAACGGCGCACCCUUCAAGAUAGAGCUGGGAAAACAACCAGGGUUGGACAAAACCUGGAGAGUUAAAAGUGUGAACUCCACACACUCCCAAAUCAUGUUGCUGCACAGUCUGAAGAAAGCCAACUACCAGCUCCCAUUGCUCAUCACUGAUUCAGGGGUGCCUCCUAUGUCCAACAACUCGGAGGUCAAAGUUCAGGUCUGCGUCUGCAAGAAGAACAAGAUGCUCUGCAGCUCCGCCCACUCACACCACCCUAGCCUUCUCAUCAUGUUGGCAACAGUCAUGCUUGCCCUACCCUGCCUGUAGUUCUUGUGAGACGGUCCUGUUUGCAACACUGGAAAGCAACAACUUAUCUCCCGCACACAACACUGGCUUAGCAGAGAGGACGGAAGAAAAGGAGAAGGAGUCUUCACACCGUGAAAAAUUGUACAUGACAACAGACACAAUCCGCACAAGCUCGAGUGCUGUGUAAAAAAUCACCUAUCUUGUCGCCACAUGUGUCUGCUUUUCUACUUUUUGUCAGCGUGCCACUCGUUCCAGCGUGAUAUCAUCUUUCGUUCGUCCGAAUGCCUUUAGCAUUUUAUCCUGAGUCCACACUCAACCUGGGCACCAUUGAUUAUUUAAUCCCACGCCCCCCAUUUUCCACUGUCUAACUGUGUCAAAAAUGGUGUGUUUGCCAGAUUUGAUAAUGUAUCCCAGAAGAACUUGUCAUUAUUACUUUUGUGUAUAGAACAAUGUACAAAAAUUGAAAGAUUUAAAUCAAUUUGUCACUCUUUUAUUUUGGAUGGAAUAUGUUCUGUAGUAGAACAUCAAACCGUUGAUAUUGUGCUUGAAAAAAUGUUUCAUUCCUUCUUUGAAACCAAUAGAUUUUUAUCGUUUUCAUGCCCAUAAAUGCUUAGCAUGGCAACCAUCCCUCAGAUAUACUUAAAAUUGAACACUGCACAACUUUACAUCAACUAGAAUCAUCUUUUUACAAACUAGAACAUCUAUAAACAUGUUUAAAAAACAAAACAAUGAUGUUUAAUCAUAUGGAGCUGCAUUUCAUCAUACUGAAAUGUAUGUUUAUCUGUUUGGUUAUUUUAAAAAGGACACAUGAAAUGGUCAAUAAUAAAGUAAUGCCUCAAAGGCAGUCUUAAUCCGAACUGUGAAUUAUUAAUAUUUGGAAAAUCAUAUAUUCAGUCAGCUCUUGCACUGUAUUUAAUUAUAUCUUGUGGAGGCUUAUCAAAUGAAGUGUCUACUGAGUGUAUUUGGAACAAAAUGCUAGGGGUCAGCACAGCUUUGUGUGUGCAAUUUGCAUGUUCUUCUCCCUGUGCUUGUGCGGGUCCUAUUUAGUAUCCCCCCAAUUCAAAAAACAAGUGAGUCAUUGAAGCCUAAAUUGUCUAUAUGUGUGAAUGUGAGCAUAAAUGCUAGUCUAUCUGUACAUGUCAGCUCUGUGUGACUGACAGGCAACCAAUCCGGGGCCCACAUUACUUCUCAUCUGAAGUCAGCUUUCUUGUGACUUUAAAUGGAACAACGGUACUUGUAAAUGGAUUGAUUGAUUGAUGGAUGGACUAACGCUAUAGUAUCAUUUUCAAUUUUAUGAAUGUUAUCCCUCCACUUUACUCACUCACCCCCCCAACAUAAGCCGCCCCCCUCAUGCAUAAAAACACGGCAUAGGCUGACACACCAUCCUGGUGGGUGUCGAGUGUCGGCUUUUUUUGAUGUGUUCUUUUCUAUCCUCAGAUGACUGUGUUUGAUCUAGUUUCUGAAGGGAGAAGCUGCCUAUUUGUGUGUUCCUGCAGUGGUUGUGGUCUCCUAGGACAAGGUGGUAGCCAAUAAGCCUUUAAAGUUGGAAACUCCUGAGUUGUUUCUUGGAUUGACCUGUUUUUAUUGCAUUAGUUGUCAUGGAGUGGAAAUCAGUAAAUCUUUAUAGUAAUGGUGUAAACCUUAAAAAUAAACUACUAUUAUAUAAAUAUUUUAUUUUUUACCGUUGUAUGAAUAUACAGUAUUGAUUAACUUGUGUUCCUUGCACAGGCCUUGACAAAAAGAGGAAUGUUUAUUUUCUUGUUUAGUGAACUUAAGCACUAUUUUAAACUCAUUGGCUGCCUUUGACAGCAAUAGAUGUCCAAUCCAUUUUGAUUGGUAGGGAUGUCUAUCCCUGUCCAUGGCAGUUAAUGACAUAAUGACAUUGGUGUCGUUGUUGACUUUUCCAUUGUAACAUCUUUGCUGGUGUUUUAUUAUGUUUUUAUACUUUAUUGUGUUUAGCUGCAAAAUGAGAUAUUUUUUUAAUGCUCAUGUGCUUAGGUUCACAUUUUGCUCCUCCUGUUCUUUCUUCAUCUGUUUUUCAAGUCUUAAGAAAGUUGUAAAAGAAGAAAACCAAGAAUGUGUUUGUGGUGCGUAGUUUCUCUUUUCUCUCACUCCUGCACUCGUGAAAUGAGGGGACGGUGUGCAGGCUCGAUUGGAAAGCAACCUGAGAGAAAAAGAAGACAUUUUGAACAAGUAAUGUCUGUCUUUUGCACUAAUUUAAUAAAUCAGUUACUGAAAAUUGCCACAUGAUGCUUUGGUGCAGUUUCUUGGUCUGA